AUGAACUCUUCUGUUGCUUCUGCUUCUGGUUUGACUGUGGACUCUAUAUUGAAUUCUGGUUUGGAUGCUCUCCUCGGAAAUGGGACUCCUCUUUCAUCGGUUGCUGGUGAGUUCUCGAAUACUACGGGUUUGGAUGGUUCUUCCAUGAUGGUAGAUGAUGCUGGUUUAAGUGUUGCUACUGGUGGUUCCAUGUUGCCAUUCGCCGCCGAAAAGGCAGGACAAGAUGGGCAAUUGUUGGGGGACAAUCUUCAUCAGUUGAGAGCAGAGAUGUCUGCUCGUUUACGAGAAUUUGCACAAGCCCGCAGUAAGAACGAAGAGGUUGCAAUUCAAAACACUCUCAGGUCCAUUGAACUCAUCAAACAAAGUAUGAAAAGUUUGAGAGAAUAUCAAGAGAUGUUGAACGAGGUUAAUCCUCGUCGAAGAGUUAAUGAAGACAUGUCACUUCCCAGAGGAUUUGCAUUUAGUAGAAAGGACUUACCAAAGUUCCAACUCGCCACUAGUCUGGUUAGACCUUUUCCCAAUGAAGAGGCUUUCGAGUCAGUUGAGCAUUUCUUGAGAACAUUUGAAAAGGUCAUAGAAUCGUCUGGUCGACAGAUAGAACUCGUUUGGAGAACUUUCUUCCCCUUGUGCCUACCAAACUCUGAAGAUGCUUGGUACGAGACUAAUAUGAGGAACACUCACUCAUGGGUGGAGGCUAGAAAAGUUUUCAAGAAUGGUCAUAGUUCAAAAAAUGCAGUACGUUAA